GGGACGCGUGCGCGCGCGCCCAGCAUUCCGCGCGAGCCAGAAGGCAGAGGGAACGCAAGCAUACUGCACGCCGUGCCCAGAGAGCGAGCCCGAGCGAGCGAGCCAGCCACCAGGAGAGCGAGCGCCGGUGGAAGCCGCGUGGAGGGAGCCGCCUAUUGAUGCCAAAGAUGAACACCCUGUUGUCGCGGGCAAACUCGCUGUUCGCCUUCACGCUGAGCGUCAUGGCGGCAGUCACCUUGGGCUGCAUCCUCACCACCGCCUUCAAAGACAGAAGCGCGCCAGUGCGCCUGCACGUCUCCAGGAUCCUGCUCAAAAAAGUGGAGGACUUCACUGGACCCCGGACAAAAAGCGACCUGGGCUUCAUCACGUUCCACAUCUAUGCCGACUUGGAGAAGACUUUCGACUGGAACGUCAAGCAGCUCUUCCUUUACCUCUCUGCAGAAUACACCACCAAAAGCAACGCCGUGAACCAGGUGGUCCUCUGGGACAAGAUCCUUCUGCGAGGCGAGAACCCCAAGCUGGAUCUGAAAGAUGUCAAAAGCAAGUAUUUUUUCUUUGACGACGGACACGGUCUCAAGGGAAACCGGAAUGUCACUUUGACUCUGUCCUGGCAAGUUGUACCGAUUGCUGGCAUUCUGCCUCUUGUGACUGGAUCCGGACGCGUGUCUGUCCCGUUUCCAGAUUCAUAUGAAGUAGCCAAGGCUUUCUGAAGAACUCUCUCUCUCUCUCCCUGCGUCUGAAUUAGGGACAUCUGUGUACUUAAGGAAUCAUAUUUCUUUCAUCUAUUCCCUUAUGUCUUGCUGACUUCUUUUGUGUUUUGUUUCUGUAUUUUAAGACGUGUCUGGGACUGGCUGAACUCCACAUGCUCAUGCUUCCAUUUACCUAACAUAGAGACUGCAUUCGUGGAUCUUCUUAUUGUGACAGUGGUUGUUAUGCUUCCUUUUCUGUAAGAAUUGACAUCAAAUUGCAUAAUUGGAGGGAAGGACUGCCAGAUUACUCCAGUUAAAAGAAGUUCACCAGAGUAGAAUAUUAUCGGACAAUUGCACAAUAAGGAUUUUUAUCAUAUUUACUAUGUUAUUGUGUGUAAUAUAAAAUGUGUUUGGAGAGAAUUUAAAAAUUCGGUGUGUGGGUGCUGUCAUAAUAACUCCUUUUAUUCCUGACAUUCCUUGUAGGUUCACACUGAAUGCUGUUUGCUUCUAUCUUCUAGGAUGUGUUUGAUUAGUAGGAAAAUUAUGAUCUGCUUCUUAGAAGUCUGACAUAGAAAAUACGUAAAUACGAAUGAGAACAAGAUUUUUCUCCCAUUUCAGAAAUCUUAAUGCUUGUCUUUCUUGCCAGCAAAUAAGUUCAUUUGAAUAGUGAAUGCCUCUUUACGCUAUAAAUAAUAACUCACUUCAUAUCCCUUAAGUAAACGGAGUGUGUCUUACAGUGCUUUCUGUAUAAAGAUUGCUGUGCAUUGUAUUUUUGCAAAUGUUUCAGCACUGUUAUUGAAAUUUGACAAUUUUUGCAUGCUUAACAUGUGAUGAGUAUGUUCUAGUAUGUUUAAUACCAUUAAAUAAAUGCUAACUGCUUAAAACAGUUUUAGGUUCAUUAUCUGAACAUUUUGGGGAUAUUGCUAAUAACACUUAUGGUAUGAUUUUUCACCUAAAACAAAUAUAUAUUCUAUAAUCUAAAAAGUAAGCAGUACAAGCUUUAGCUCUCUUCAAAUGAAGAAACUGAAAUUCAGAAAUUUGUUACAUUACUUCAAGCAAACAAUAGAGUUUAAACUUGAAAUCAAAUCUGAUUAUUUUUGUUAAAUAUUUUUAUUUUAUGAUAUUAUAAUUACAUUAUUUUCCUCUUCCAUUUUCUCCCUCCAAACACUGUUGUGUAACCCCCUUUGCUCUCUUUCAAAUUCAUGGCAUAUGCAUAUAUCCCUAAAUACAACAUGCUUAGUCUGUAUAAUGGUACUUAUACAUAUAUGUCUUAAGGGAUGACUGUUUGGUAUAUAAUAAUCCCUUGGUGUGCUCUUCCCCAGGAAAGAUUAUUUUUCUCCCUCUCAGUGUUUUUUAUUUAGCUGUAGUUCUUUGUCUGGGGUUGAGGCCUUAUGCCCUCCCACCACCACCAUCCACACACAGAUAUAUCAGUUGGGACUGGGCUCCCAACUCUGCCUUUUCAUCAGCUGCUAUUCAGCUUUAAAGAAAAAGGAAAUAAUGAAUUUGCAGGUAAAUGGAUGGAACUAGAAAAGGUCAUAUUAAAUAGUGAGGUAACUGAGACCCAAAAAGAUAAAUGUCUCAUGUUUCUCUCAUCUGAGGUUCCUAGCUCCAAAUCUUCAGAUGUGAGUAUAUAAUGUGGAGUGACUGCAGAAACCAGGAAAGUAAAAA